AGGACACCCAUCAUGAUGUGAGGAAGUGCUGUUGGCCCCUCCGUAUACUGAUUACUAGCUUUUCAAGCAUGAGCCUCUGGUUGUACUUAUAUAUAACUGUAGACCUCAAUCUAGAUGAAUCGGAAGCAUGCACCCCACGAGGCAUGAUACCGAUGUCUGGUCUUGUUCAAAUGUUUCUCUAUGGAAUAGUCCGGAUUAUGGAAGCCGUCGGCUGUAUGUAUCUGGUUGUCGAUCCACCUCGAUGUCCUCGAGGCUAUGACUAUUGGGUGUGAGGCCAUUGUCUCUUAAAAAGUGUGGCAUCUCGAGGCCUCCAUCACUCUGCUCCUCAUCCUCCCUUUCGAUCCGUUCGAAGGUUAUCAUGACCCGAUCAGCCCACCACCAGAACCCCAGGAAGUGUUUAAGCCCGUCUCAACGGCGACCUGUAAAAGCAGGGCACAAGGCUAAGCGAUCGUCUGAGGGGAGAGAGCAUGCACUUACCCCCGAAGAAACACAACGUGUGGAAGAUUUUAUCCGUCGUUGGGAGAAUGCACCGAAGCAGGAGAAUCCUGGCAUGUGCGAAUAUAGGACCAUCGAAAUGACCCCUGAUCUUGAGGACUUCAUGUCCCUCCUCUCCUUAUCUACCGGAUGGGGUGGUAGUGGCUUCAUAACCAUCUUCCGUUCGAUAUUGAGCAAAUCGAAGCGUAAUCAGCCCGAAGCAAGCAGAUUGGCUUCUCGUAUCUGGGAAAGAAUACCAUGGCAAUAUCAGGAACUUUGCUGUCGCGAGUCCAAAGCCAGGCAAGUCAGAGCCAAAGCCCGGGAACUGCAGGAUGAUGAGUCUUAUCUGACGUGUUCGCCCCACGAAUCAUCGAAAGGCCAUCUACCUUCCAAUCCUAGCAGUCCCCCGGUUAAUGCCUGUCAGCGGAAGCCAGAACAGGGUGUUGAACCAGUCAACCACCGUUCCACUGUUCCCAACUCAGAUGAGGUGAUUGAUGUAUUGCCAAACGAUACUCUGCAAGAACUAAGUUUCAACUCGGAAUCGCAGUUGAAUCUGACCCCAUGCCAUCGCGCUUUAUUCAACUUUACCGACUCUGCGUCUCCGCCUGUGCAGUCCAUCCCCUCAUGCUCAAUAGGGCAAAACCAGCCCACGCGACUUCCAUGCACGUCACCCAAUUUCGCUUACCACCUGCCCUUUUCGCCAGAGCUCGUGUCGAGCAGUACCCCAUCCUCGACCUCUGAGGAAUUACCGACGCCCUCUAUCCUGCCUCUUAGUUUGGAUCUUGUGUCAACUACGAACGUGCCAAUGGGAUUCAAUAUGCCAUCCGACUCGAGGUGCGAGAGGGAGAGGCACCAGGAUCUUUUCCCUCCUCCCCCUGAGGAGCCUUUCGACCUCCAAUAUUGGAGUGAACUCUUUGACACUGCCAACGCCGUUUGUGAGCCAUCAGCUGCUGUUCGGACCAAUUCAUUGGACCUUUAUAACAUGGCUCCAUCCUGCGAUCGCUACGACUACUCAGUACAUGCUCCUCACCCCGGGUAUUCUUCCACAUACUCCUAUCCCGCCAUGGUCCCUUCUAAUCAUCCCGUCGUCGAUAAUCAGAAUGACUAUCGUUACGACAACUACCUGUACAGCAGUAGCGGCCAGGCCACCUUCUGAUCGAUUGCGUAUCCAUUCCAAUGAACAACUCAUAGCUGUUAUUUUUCCGCUUUAACUCUAUCCACCGCCCAUAAACACUUCUUUGCAUGAUGUAUCCCUUCCUGUACCUCAGCAUCCGCCCCAACUUUAAUUUUCUCUCUUAUCUUUCCUCUAUCCAACUAUGCUGCAUAACAACUCCGUAUUAUUAUGUCCUAUUUUUGUCCUGUGGACAUAGCACUUGACACAUUUGCAUACGUUUCAUUAUUUGUUUUUGCUCGCUUUUAUCCCUGCAGUCCCUGGAUCGUACGGAAUAAUCCAUCAUGAUGUUACUUGUGAUGUU